AUGACGUCACUCGUCAUAGGAGAUUCUCAUGUAAAUAGACUACGGCUAUAUAUAGGACCAGGCAGUUCCGCUGCCGAUUCAUACAGCAUACGAGAAUUAACUACUGUGAAAUAUUACGGCAUUAGUGGUGGACUUGUGACCAAUAAUCAUCACCUUAGGAAAUUUUCCUCCAUUGUGCAGCAGAUCAAUCCACACCAUCUGAUUGUGCUGUUAGGGGGUAAUGACUUGGAUUCACCCAGUCCAGUGGAACUUAUUGUGACAAAGUUGGUUUCAUUCUUAACACAACUGAAACAUUUGUACCAGCUUAAAACUGUGACCAUAUUGAGUUACUUCCCGAGAGAACGUACAAGACUUGUGUCAGCAGAACUAUAUACCCGAAGAGUAAAUCAGGCCAAUGAAAAUUUGAGAAUUAAUUGUUUUGAACACAAACUAACAUACUGGAAAUUACGCGGGUUUACCAAUAGUCGAGACCCCAUACUGAGGGAUGGGGUCCACCUGAACAACCUGGGCAAUUAUAAACUUGUACGUCAGAUCAGAGGGGUCUUUCUGCACCAACUGACUUCUACAGGACCUAACACUACACAAUCUUGA